GAUGAUGAACUUGAAGAUUUUGACGAUGAGGCUGAGCUUGCUCAAAACGAAUCAGGUGUUUUCUUGAAUGACCUGGAUCAAAAUCGAAGUCAUAAUCAAGUUAAUCAACAAAAUAAGCACAGACAAUCUAAUCAGCGAAAUCAGAUCCAGCAAAAUAUCAAUUAAGAUCAUCAGCUAAUAUUAGGUCCUGGACAAUAUGGAAGAGUUCAGCAACAAAUUGGAUUGACACCUUAUCCUCCGUUAAUUCUUUAUCCAAAUCAGUAUAGCAAUCAGUUUACGUAUUAUGAUCAAAUUUCAUCUUCCAUCAAUAAACCUCUGAGCCAAUCAAAUAUGAAAUUACAAAUGAAAAAUAAUAAGAAAAACAAAGAAAGUAAUUAUAAUGGGAAUCAGGCUCUGGUUUGGCUGUAAAAUAUAAUUAAAAAGCAAAAAAUUCUUCGGAUCCUCUCAUUAAAGGUAAUGUUGUUGAACAUCAGAAUCAACAACAUAAUUUUACUGUUUCAAAGGAGAAUACCCAGGUGAUUGCGAAUAAAAUCCUUAACAAAAUUGUUGACGAAAUUGAAGAAUUAGAAUCUAAUCGUCCAAAGCAAUCGCAGAAAGAAGGUACACGUUGCAGAAUUGCAGGUUUAUGGAUGACAUCCCAAGCAGGAGUUAAGUUAAAUAUGAAAGUUCUGAAAUAUACGAUAGCAGUAAUUAUUGAAAAAUUUAAACCACCGCAAAUUCACGAAGGACUUUCAAAUACUAGUUGGACUUUUUCUGGACAAGUUCCUUUCAGAUACGGUGGUCCAUUUUCUUUAACUGGAGUAAAUAAAAAGACAAAAUCUCUUGCUGUCUUCGUAGGUUCUUGUAGAGUUUGUAAAAGUGUCAACACCAUAGAAGGAGUUUGGACAGUAUCUCGAAAACCUCAUGAUUGUAGUGAUUUUCAAGUGGCCACUGGAAUUCACAACAACAUUUUUCGACGAGUAAAACUCUACAAUGGUAGAAGAAAAGAAGAAAAAGAAAAAUCAGUAAGUUUAAGUUCGACGUCGUAGGAAAUACAUUUCUAGUUAAAAAAUAAAAUAAAACUUAGACUAAAGAAAAUUCUUCAUCUUGUAAUUGGAAAGUAUGAAGAAAAACUGAAGCU